AUGAACGAGUCGUCGAAUGAAAAGUCUAGCCCAUCAGGGGCAGGCGGUGCUGUCUUAUCGGAAGCAUCGCCAGUAGCAGAAGAUGCUGCUGCUGCUGCAGGAACGAAGAAGCCGCAGGCCCUGCGUGCUCUGUGGGACAACGCGCCAGAUGCUGCCGCCUCAACUUGCGUUUCAGGCUCUGAAGGUUCUCUCCCUUCAAGCAACCAGCAACAGCAACAGCAGCAACAGAAGCUCCAGAGAGAGUCACAGUCAUCAGUACAUUGUGCAGACGCGCGUCCUGAGCGCCCUACAGCCCCUGGAUCGGGGGAGAGCGCGGCAUCUCGCAGUGAACAGCAGCAGCAGCAACAGCAGCAGCAGCCGGCGGUGCAACAUCCUAGUGGCCUCGCGCUGCAUGUUGCAACUCUGAAACGUCCUCAAGGGAACAAGAAUGAUGGCAGCAGUGCCUGUGGGGCCCCUACGAACCCGUUGAGCUCUGAUGCUAUAUCCAGUGUUGCGGCUCAGCAGCGGCACCUCGGCAGUAGCAGCAGCAGCUGCUGCAGCAGCACAUCAAUUGGGGGUGAACUGAGGGGGCUUAUCAACGCCCUUUCUUCUGUAGAUCCAGCAGCAGGCACCGGUGAGUUGCAGCAGCUACUGCAGCAGCUGCUGGCGGAGCGCGACUUGUACAAGGCGGCUUUCGGUGCGGCAAAGGAGGAACUCAAGGAUUUGGAGUGUCGGCAACAGCAGCUAACACAGGCGCUGCAGCAAUCAGAGCAUGAGCGUCGGCAAGAACGCAUGGAGCAGCAGCUUGCUGCUGCAGCAGCAGCAGAUCGACAAUCAGGGGAGGCAUCCGGGCCGCACGAAACCGGGCUGCAGUGGAACGGCAGCAGCAGCACCAGCAGCGUUGCACAGCAGCAGCUAUCAGACUCCAACGGCAACCCAGCGAGCAGCACUUGCAGUAGCGCGGAGGGUCCUUAUAACUGGCUUCAUCAACUGCAUGCAUGCAUAGCAUCAGGGACGUAUCCGCGGCCGGAGCUGCUGCAGAAGAGUGUUGAGCAGCAACAGCAACUUAUGAGGCUGGCGGAGGGGCUGCAGCAGGAAAGAGAAAGCUAUGUUGAAGCAGUUGCUUGUCUACACUCACAAUUACGGGAGGCUCGUGAAGAUGUAUCUUUAUACAUGUCUGCGCAUGCAACUCAUGCAGCAGAUUUAACAGCAGAGUCUGACGAGGCCUUAAGAGCAGCAGAUUUGUGGUUGCAGCAUGCAUUACGUGUUGGUGCUAAAUGCAAAUAUUGGGGUAUGGGGUCAGUUGUGCACAGCCAGGAGGCUGCAGCAGCAAGCGCAGCAGCAUCAGCUAAAGCCCCUACGUUGUCGCGUGCAUGCGACACCGAAACGCAGUCAGAAGCAGUAUCUGCUGCUGCUGCUGCUGCACUGUCUGCUGCAGAAGAACCAACGCCUGGGGUGUCUGUAGCCCUAGCAUCAGCAGCAUCUGUUUAUUGUGUACCAGAGGACUCUGUGGGGGAUGAUGACGGACCUGCUGCUGCAGUUGCUGUGGGGAAUAGUGGAGCAACGACAGCAGCAGAGUUGGAGAGGCUGUUGUGGGGGCAAACAGGCGACGGGUUUGCUGCUGAUAGACAGCAGCUGCAGCAGCACAAUCGGCAGCGCGAGAGAAAUAAACGUCUUCUCUGGUUCCUAGAGUGA